GGUCCCGAAGCGACAGCAAAUUAAUUACUUGCUCGUCCGUGUCCAGUGAACGCGAAGUUCGUUGGCUGCUGCCCGUUUAUUUCCUUCCCCGCGCGCAGUCCUCGGUGCUCAUUCUGCAGCCCCUCGCUCGCUAGAUCUGCCGACGUACGGCGCCACACUGACGGAGGCGUUGUUGUAGGUGAGUCUCGAUCGAUCUCUGUAGUCUCGGACUGUCAGUACUCAGUACAAGGCGCCGCCGGCCGGAUCUGUUCUGGUUGCCGCCGGCGCCACCACAGCUGCUGCACUAUUGUCUGUUUGGAUUGGAGCCUAGCAAGCUUGUCCGAUGGAGUGUUUGGAACCUCCAAUGAUCACGGUGCCAGCUUAUGGUGGAGGACUAGGAGUAGGAGCAGAGCAAGUACUGCCUGCUGCAGAGACAGUAGCAAAGAUAUCGAGUUACAUAUACAGCACGGCAGCAGCUAUGACGCCAACGGAUGUCACUCUCCCAGUGUUAAGAACAAUCACUAACAAUUUCUCUCUGGAGCGAAAACUUGGUGAAGGCACAUUUGGACAAGUCUACCUGGGAGAGUAUGAAAAUGGACAAAAGGUUGCUGUGAAGUUGCUUUACAAUCGUGAACCAGACACUCAAAGUAAGCAAUUCCAGAAUGAAUUUGACAACCUAAUGAAGCUCGAGCACACAAACAUUGUACGCUUGAUGGGCUACUGCUAUGAAACCAAACAUGUAGCUAUACCGUACAAUGGAAAUGUAGUUCUAGCUGAAGUGGCAACAAGAGCACUCAUCUUGGAAUAUUUGCAGAAUGGGAGUCUUGAAACGCUUCUUUCAACAAAUGCAGAUGAAGAACUUGACUGGCAUACACGCUACAAAAUUAUCAAGGGAAUUUGUGAGGGUUUAAAUUACAUGCAUGAGGAAAUAAGACCACCUGUCCUUCAUCUAGACCUAAAACCUGAUAAUAUAUUGCUAGACAAGAAUAUGGUGCCCAAACUUGCAGAUUUCGGUUUGUCCAGGAUUUGCGAAGGAACUCAGAUCACAAGUUGUCUGAUAGGAACACGUGGAUACCAGCCACCCGAACACAUACACAGAAAUCUUGUUUCAAAGAAGUUUGAUAUAUUCAGCUUGGGUGUUAUUAUGAUAAACAUUAUUGAGGCGCGGCAUAGUGACUACUACACAUCUGAUGACUCUGAUAAUUUUGUUGAUACUGUACAAAUGAAAUGGAGGAGUAAGUUGAAUGGAACAUACCAUGGUUCUUUACUGGAUAUAUACUGCAAACAAGUGAAGAUUUGCACUGAAAUAGCAUUGAAAUGCAUGGAGCAGAAAAGAAACAGAAGGCCCACGAUAUUGGAGAUCAUUGAUAAGCUGAACGCAAUGGAACAUGAAAUGCGAAUGUUUGAAAAUAAUCAAGGUCGACAUAUAGAAAGGGAGCCUCGAAUGAUCAUGCCAACUAGCGAAGGACCAAUAGCAGGGCAACUGGUUGUUGCACACAAUUUUCUGUUACCAGCAGAAACUGAAGCAAGGCCACUACGUUACAGCUACUCAACAACUAAGGGAUCAACAGGUCUCAUGCUCACAGAGUUAAAAAGAAUUACAGAUGAUUUCUCCGAGAAUCGGAAACUUGGUGCAGGCUCAUUUGGAAAAGUGUACCUGGGGGAGAAGGAAAAUGGACAAAAGGUUGCAGUGAAGAUACUUGAUUUUGACGGGCUAGGACCUGAUGCUGAGAAUUUCAAGGAUGAGUUUGACAACCUUAUGAAGGUUGAGCAUCCAAACAUUGUGCGUUUGAUUGACUAUUGCUACGAAACACAAUAUGAAGCUGUGCCAUACAAUGGAAGAUUAAUUAUGACUGAAAAGACAACACGGGCACUCUGCUUGGAGUAUUUGCACAAUGGGAGCCUCGAAAGUCAUCUGCCCAAUGAAGACCUGUUUGACUGGCAUACAAGGUACAGGAUUAUCAAGGGGACUUGUGAAGGUUUAAAAUAUAUCCACAAUGAACGUCAAGCACUUCAUUUGAACCUCAAACCUAGCAAUAUAUUACUCGACGAACAUAUGGUGCCAAAACUUGGAGAUUUGGGUAUGGCCGAGAUUUUCAAGGGCUAUAUAGGAACACGUGAAUACCAGCCACCAGAGUACAUAGAAAGAAGAUUGAUCUCAGAAAAAUUUGACAUAUUCAGCUUGGGAAUUAUAAUAUUAAAGAUUGUGGCUGGAAAAAGGGGCUACUCAAAAUAUCGUGGCAUGAAUUCUGAACAGUUUGCUGAUGACGUACAACGCAUCUGGAGGAAUAGGUGGGAUAAUGGAACCCUCGUUGGUUCCAUACUGGACACACAAUGCAGACAAGUAAAGCUUUGCACUGAAAUAGCAUUGAAGUGUGUGGAGCAUAAAAGAAUCAGAAGGCCCAAUAUAGUGGAGAUCAUCAAUAAGCUGGACAGGAUGGAAAACAAGCCGUGCCCACCUCCCCCACCCGGAUGUGUUUCUGCAAAUGCACCCCAGGAAAGUACACAUGAACCCGAGGGUCCAGAAGAUACCAGUGCUGAGCUCCACCCUCAGUUGCAGGUAAGAUGCGGCGGCCCAGGCAGCAGCAGCGAGCUUCUCAAAGUCUAUCCUCUCCAGCUCCGGUUCCCCUCGACGCCAAACGGAGGUUCACCGAUCUCCUCCAAGCUGCACCUAACCAACGACACCGAUGGCCGCGUCGCCUUCAGACUCGUAAGCAAGGGUCAUCCGAUCCGGGACUUCGAGGGGCUGACAUGCGGCGUCGUGCCUCCCAAGUCCAAGCUCACCCUCGCCGUGGCCCUGCGCAGACCGGUGAGCAGCGGCGAGUGGUUCGAGCUCGUGAGCACCAGAGCAGGUGACGGUGACCUGCUGCUGCCACAGGACCGCCCCCCUGCGCUUGACUUCCUCUACCAGCACAGCAGUUUCAUCAACAGAGCCAAGGAGGCCGGCCGUGAAGUGCAUACGGUGAAGCUGGCUACAAUUGUCGUCUACACACAAACUGCGGUUUGUUUUGGACCAUGGUUCCGCUUCUGCAGAGAGAACCUCCAUCGCCUCUUCGUGGAUUGUUUUCUACCUGCUUGGUGACCCAGUUAUGGCCUCGAGAAAUUAAAGGGCCUAAUAAAAUGUUGAAAUCCAGUUCUGCAUGCAUAUAUGAAAUCUAGUUCGACUUUGGACA